CUAUGGAUAUCAGUCGGCUACGAGCCGCGAAGUGAGUCAGUUCGUAGUGUAUUAAUCGAUUUGAGAAGCUGUACACUUUGUCUCUGCACUCAUGAACAUGUUGAAAACGGCAAUUCUUCUCAAGAUAUUGGAAGAAUAUACGUAGGAUCCUUGCAUUGUGAGUAAACAGUUCGAGGAACACGAGGCGGUGACAUCGAAAAACGGAAAUAGAAUUCAUCGCGUAAAAUCACGCGACAGUAAGAAGAUUCGUGUGACACCGAGUGUGACAGGCGACAAACAAUCAGAUCAAUGAUUAAACGCAGCCUGUUGUGACUCGAAGCAAGACGAAACAUCGUAAUUUUCCUCCCGGAAACCACGCAGUGAAGUUGGCCCGGUGGAUGCCAUUGACCGCCAUAUUCAGGACAAUCGAGACAGUUUCGAAAAAAAACUGGAAGGUGGUGGUACAGUACGUCGGUAAAGUGACAGAAGCGUUGAAAGGUUAAGGGCCGGUUGUUGAUCGAAUUUACGCGUGGAAAUCGACGGAACGGUGGUGAAAAAUCGUCGACGAAAUGGAGUUCAAGUUCAACGUAAAUAAACUCUUACCCAGAAAGAUCAACAAGGUCACCCAUACCCUCAUCCCAGAAGACUUCAGAGGUGAUCGUCGUGAAUUACACGAAUGUCAGAGACAAUUGAGCAGAAUUUUAGACGACAUGGGCGAGGCUUCAGCAAGGGCUCAAGGGUUGAAUAAGUCGAUAACCAACUCUCUGAAACUUCGAGAUACGGACCAUAUAGUUUAUUUAUUAGUCGACAAUGAGGCUAACAACGAACUGGGCAGCGUGGUAGGACUGUUAAAGACCGGAUCGAAGAAUCUCUUCAUGUUCGACGAGAUCGGUGCUCAUUACCAGCUGAAGCCGAGAUGCAUUCUCGACUUUUACGUUCAUGAAUCUCGACAACGUAUGGGCCUUGGAAAUAUUCUCUAUCAGCACAUGCUCUCUGAAGAAAACAUCAGGCCGGUGAAGCUAGCGAUUGAUAGACCUUCAGAGAAGUUCUUAGCCUUCUUAGACAAAUAUUAUGGUCUUUCGAAAAUAAUUCCUCAGAACAACAAAUUUGUUGUUUUUCAAGGAUUCUUUGAUGAUGAACGUCAGGAUGUAAGGACAAACAGAUACAGUUUACCAGCUAAUGCGACAAUGGAUAUCGGUGCUUCUAACACUAUGCACAAUAAUUUUGGAAAAAAUAAUUCUAGUAUGAACGGUGUUCCUUAUUCGUCGUCAGUUUCGCGCGCUUCAUUUGGCAGAUACGCCGCAGCACGACCACCUUGUUCCAUGGCGAAUAUAAUUCAUAAUACCGCUGUGCUUGGUCCAUCCGCCGAGCGUACCGGUGAAAAAUUGAGUACGCCAGCUGCGACAGAAUCGAAACCAGAACGCCCACGUUCGUUGAGCCUUUAUUCGGAAGAAGAACAGAAACAACGUACAAGCGAAAUGUCGACAGUACCAACACCUGCUUUACCAGAACAUCAACCAACACCUUUUGUUACCAUUUUACGGGAAACAGAGAAAACUGAGAAAAAUAUAAAACCUUCGCCAUCGUGCAGUCAAGAAGUAGCUGGUACCAAUCAGCAUGCUCGACUGGAUCUUAAAUUUUAUCAUUCCCCUUUGUGGUAAAGAAACUCAGAGUGAUAGAAAAAUCAUGGAAAAAUUCAUGAAACUUUUACAUCUUGAAACGAAAUAUUUGGAGAAAAGUAAUCAUUAACAAAGCUUGAUGGUAAUUGAAUGAUUAGUAAAAUGAUAUGUUAUAUAAGAAUAAUUAGAAAAAGUAUAUUCUAAUGGAAUUCACUCUAGUAGACAAUGGAAAAUGUCCGUAUGUCAGUUGGUAUACACGAUUAUUUUUAUUUUAUUUUAUUAUGUGGAGCAUUCAAUAAAUUAUCAUUGAGUGUUAAACAAAAAA